AUGCAAGCGCGACCUCUCGUGUGGCUACUGCUGUUGCUUACUAUCGCGCGCGCGCAUGUGCAAGAGGCCAUUCGCACCGGCGCUGUGCUCUCUCGCGGCGUCAACCUCGGAGCGUGGCUCGUCAUCGAGCACUUUAUGACCGAGACGUCGCCGAUUUGGCGGCAUGUGCCCGCCGACAAGCGCGAUUGGGGCGAGUACACCGCGAUGCGGCUCGUGGGGCAUGCGGUUGCCGACCCGCUCAUCAAAGCGCACCGCGACACGUGGAUCACCGAGGCCGACAUCAAAGAGAUUGCGUCCUAUGGUCUCAACACAGUGCGUGUGCCCGUCGGGUGGUGGAUCUAUGAAGACCCUACGACGGACGACUGGCGCGCGUUUACGCCGGGCAGUCUAGCGUACCUCGACCGGCUCGUCAACGAGUGGGCCGUCACGCACAAUGUUGCCGUUCUCAUCGACAUCCACGCUGCCAAAGGGUCGCAGAACGGCAAUGACAACAGCUCGCCUAUCACCAAAGGCGAGUCGCACUUUACAAACAACGCAGACAACGUGUUUGUGACCAUCACUACUGCCCAAUUCCUCGUCAACCGGUAUGCGGCCAGCACGGCGUUUCUCGGUCUCGAGCUUUUGAACGAGCCAACGUUCGACCCCAAGCAAGUGCACAAGACGGACGAAGCCAAACUCAAGCUCUACUACACCAGCGCGUACCCAAGUCUUCGGUCGAUUUGCGGCAACUGCGUGCUCCUCAUGUCGCCGUUCCUGAGUGAACAGUACGAGUCGUUUGGGCACAAGUGGGCAAAUGUGCUGCCAUCCCACCGCAACAACUGGAUCGAUUGGCACAAGUACCUCAUUUGGGGCUUCGAGAACUGGCCCAUGGAGCGACUCAUCACCGAGGGCCCUCGCUGGAUCGCCAACGACAUGACGCAGUGGAAAGCCCACCGCGGGACCCGCGUUUUCGUCGGCGAGUGGAGCUUGGCGCACGGCGACUUGGUGCGCAACGACCUUCGCAACCCCAACAACAUGCGCCGGUACUCGACCAAUGCGCUCAAGGCGCUCCAGGAAGCCAACGCGGGCUGGACGUACUGGAGCUGGAAGACGCACGCGACCGACUGGCGCGGCGACGGGUGGAGUCUCCAAAACCUCUUGCGCGCCGGCGUCAUUGACCUCAAAGCCAUGCACGCGCCUCAAACUGUGUUUGGAAAUACCACCAACGCGACGGCAGAGCCCACGAUCGUUUUCUAA